AUGGCGAGACCUGCUUUCAUUCUUGUGGGUUGCGGAGGAGUUUUGAACGGGCGCCUGACGGAAAGUCUCGUGCUCAGUGAAUCUGCAUUGCACUGCGAUGCUACUGAGAAAUGUGAGGUCAAGCUGCAUGAGGCAAGAAACAUGAAAAAUCAUUUAGGGGACAUCACCUUGAUUCCGUUUAUCGCUAAUUACACGUUUGGUCCUGCCUUGGGGUCUUUGCUAGGAGUCUUUACCGUCGUGGACGAUCCGACAUGGAUUCUUUUGCUUAGUUACACAUUGCAAGAAAAAGCUGGAUAUGAUUGCGUUUUAUAUGUCAGGAUAUUCCAUAUUCCCAUUACGGCAGAACCGCGGCGAUUCAGUCAGGCGUUGAAUUCCAUGAUUCUUCAUCAUUUUGCUGAGACUGAUGGAAAUAAUAUGUGUCAUUCUCUCUUGUCAGUGGAGGAGCUUUUUGCGACAACGUGCAAUUACUCAGCCAGUGCUGCUAAGGUGUCUGUACGCGAAAGUUUGGUUUCUUUGCGUUUGACAUAUGAUGAGGUUAUUAACCUUGCAUAA